CAUCUCUGUGCGUCAACCUGGCAGAACCGCAGACCCUCCUUCUUCUGGAAAGAUCAAUUCUUGCUGUCUAAGCUGUACAUUGGAAACAACCAUUUGGAUUAUCUUCAUUUUCAGCAUAUAAGAGUUUCCUGCCUUUCGCUAGAGAAUCCAUGUGGGUGGUGGAGAAGAUUCGAACGUCAGUAGAAAGAUCUAACCUGCCUGUCCCGUCAGCAGAGUUCAACUUUAAAAUAAGUGCCAUCAUGUUAGGAGAAAAGACUGACAAAUCCAAGCGGAUUCCUCGCUGUCCUAACAUCAUCACCCCUGACAACAUCCCAGAAUUCUGCAUCCCACCAACAAUCUUAUCCUUGCAGGAGAAGAACUCCGAACUGAAGGGAACAGCUCGUGCCAUCAGGAUUUCUCCCUGUGAAAAGGCUAAACCAGAGGCUGAAGUGACAUUUUAUGAGCCACCACUAAAUCCUCAUAUAAUUCAAGUAGAAAGUGUGGAUGAGAGCCCUUGUGAUGGCUGCAGUGAUGAGGAAACCACAAACGCAGAUCCCCAGAGCCAGGCCGCCUUGUCCCUCCCUCAUCUGGCCAAAGCUCAGACCAGCUAUGGCUUUUGCACCUUAUUAGAGAGUCCCCACACUAGGAGAAAGGAGUCCAUUUUCCAUUCUGACUUAGGUUCCUCUCCUCUGCUGCUGCCCAGGAGUCGUUCUAGCACAUGUACCAAAUUUUCCCACUCCACCUCACCAUCCUCCUGCCCAUCUUCAUUCAGCCUCAACAACCUGACCUCCAGGCUUUCACCCAGGGGCUGCACUCUGAACUGGCAGGCCCCUCUGGACAGUGACACAACAUCUUCUACUGAAUCCUCCCCUUUCAGCUCGCCCCUGCUGUCCAGAUGUCCUGGUAAGUCUUCCCUUUUCAAAGCACUGAGCCAUGAACUGUUGCUGUCAAGGAACAUAAGAAAAGCAAUGGUGUCCAGAAACAAUUCCUUGUCAACAGACGAGGGCAGCUCCACAGACAACAGUCCGAAUAUCAUGAGGAGGGCCUCAGAAGGGCUAGCAGAAGGCCUGCCCAACAGCUACAGCCUGGCACCACCCAACAUCUUCCCGAUGGACUUGACCUUGCACAGAGAGAGGGUAAUGAAGGAAAGAAUGGUGCCUGUAGGAAAGGAUGGCAGCCUCAGACUCUCAGCAGAGUACUGUCCAGAUAACCAAAGACUGCGAGUUCGGCUGAUCAGCGCCGAGGGCCUUUAUCCUGUUUCCAUUGACCCAAAGAUUAUCAACUGCAGCGUCAGCCUCUCCCUGGUCCCUGGAAAACUCCAGAAGCAGCGCAGCACAGUCAUAAGAAAGAGCCGCAAUCCGAUUUUCAAUGAAGAUUUCUUCUUUGAUGGUAUCUCAGAGGAGGACAUUAGCCAGCGAUCGCUUCGCUUCAAAGUGGUGAACAAAAUGUGCACCCUGAAAAGAGAUUAUCUCCUAGGUGACUGUGAUCUCCCUCUAUCAAGCAUUGUAACAAUGUAGAUUUAACAGCCUAUUUAACAGGUUUGUGUUGGGGCUAUUUAUUUGAAGAAUUGUACUUACAGUUUUGUAUUUAUUUAAUUAUGGAAUGCACUAAGGAUGUUUGUCUUGAAUCUGUUUCAGAGUAGAUCAUUAUACAAUGUCAUAAACACAAACUAAAACAUUGAAAAUGUGUUUCCUUUGUGGUAUAGGUGAAAUACUUAGUUGAAUAUUUAGAUGAUAUCUUGUUAACGAGGAUGCAACAACAGCUUGUUUAGUCAGACAGCAAGCAUCUCAUAUUUCCUCUAAGCCUGUUGUUUACUUUCUGACCUUUGAAAUGAUUAAAGUAUAAUGAGAAACCAGAAA